GCGGCAGCACCCAGACACGAUAAACGUGCAGGUCGGCUCAUCUUCCGGACCAUGGACUCACUGAGACACCCUGAGGUGUGAAAAUGUCGAGUAGGAACCGGGAACUGGUGACUGACUUUAUUUCCUACAAGCUGUCUCAGAGGGGCUACAGCUUGAGCGAAGUAGAGGGGGAUGGCGAAGACAGGACUGAGCUGGCAGGGGAAAUGGGCAGUGUCCCAAACGGGAGCCCGUCGUGGCACCCCGGCGCCAGCCCGGUCGUCAAUGGCGCAACCGGGCACCCAAGCAUCCUCGAAGAUCACGAAAUCAGUCCCGGGUUGGACGUGAGGCAGACGCUAAGGGAAGCUGGCGACGAGUUUGAACUGAGGUACCGCCGGGCUUUCAGCGACCUCACCUCCCAGCUCCACAUCACCCCCGGCACGGCGUACCAGAGCUUCGAGCAGGUGGUGAACGAACUCUUCCGGGACGGGGUAAACUGGGGGCGGAUAGUGGCUUUUUUCUCCUUCGGGGGAGCCCUGUGCGUGGAGAGCGUUGACAAGGAGAUGCAGGUCUUGGUGGGGCGGAUUGCCACCUGGAUGGCCACUUACCUGACCGACCACCUGGACCCCUGGAUUCAAGAUAACGGCGGCUGGGAACGUUUUGUGGAUCUCUAUGGGAACGACGCUGCCGCCAAGAGCCGGAAGGGCAAGGAACGCUUCAACAAGUGGCUGUUGACGGGGGCCACCGUGGCCGGCGUCGUCCUCCUGGGCUCCCUGCUAAGCCGCAAAUAGCCUGACAUGGACUCUUACCUUGGCCGGCGCUCCUGCGCGACUGCCUGCCGAGGAACACGCUGCAUUCUGCUUGCUCCUCAGCUUUGUGAUCAUUCCAGGGGGGGACGGGGGGGG